AUGCGCGCAUUCACUCGAAUAUGUUGUUGUGUCAUCAUUCUCCUUUCUGUGUUCUCAGAGACUGUGCUCGCGUCGAUCCUGGCGAUUGACUAUGGUGCGGACUGGAUAAAGGCCUCGCUCAUGAAGCCCGGGGUUCCGUUCGACGUCCUACUUAAUAAAGACUCGAAGCGCAAAAUCCAAUCGACAGUUGGCUGGAAGAAGAAGGAUAGAUUGUUUGGGGGAGACGCAGCUAGUAUUGCAGGGAGAUACCCUACUGACUCAUUUUCUUCGUUAAAACUCCUUCAAGCGGUUCCGUAUGACUCCGAAGCUGUUUCUUUCUUUGCCUCCAUCUCAACUGCCGACGUGGUUAAGACUGAGCGAGGAACCGUCGCGUUGCGACGGUCGGAUGGUUCUGAAUGGUCUGUCGAGGAACUCAUCGGUAUGCAAUUUGCAUAUGUCAAACAACUCGCGGAAGAGUUUUCGGGCGAGCCAGUCUACGAUGUGAUUGUGACCGUCCCGCCAUACUACACCCAGUUCGAACGCGACUCAGUCGUCGACGCCGUGGAGCUCGCCGGCAUGCGUACACUCUCCCUCAUCAACGAUGGCACAGCCGUCGCGGUAAACUAUGCGAUGACGCGUACGUUCUCUGCUCCCGAAUAUCAUGUCAUCUAUGAUGCCGGGGCAUCGUCAGUCCGUGCGACUGUCGUGAGCUUUUCGACCGCUUCCAACGACUCCAAAUCGAAGACUUCAGCCAAGGACAGUACUCAAAUCAGUGUUACUGGUGUAGGGUUUGAUCGUAGCAUCGGUGGCACGGAGCUGGAUCGACGGCUGAGGGAGUUGAUGAUCAGUGACUUCCAGCGGCGACAUAAGCGCGAUAUUCGCAGUGACAAGCGGGGUAUGGCCAAGUUAUGGAAAGAGGCAGGACGCGUAAAGGCGAUCCUGAGUGCGAACGCUGACGCGAUGGCGACGGUGGAGAGUCUGGCUUUCGAUAUCGACUACCGUUCGAAAAUCACCAGAGCAGACUUCGAAAUUGCGUGCAGGGAUCUUAAGGGCGAAUUUACUCGCCCUAUCUUUGACGCGUUGGCUAGUGCUGGGAUGACAUUGAACAACAUUACAUCGGUCAUCAUGACGGGUGGAGCCUCUCGAACACCGAUGAUUCAGGCUGCAGUUAAAGCUGCAGUUGGGGACAAGGUUGCUAUGAACGUCAACGCUGAUGAGGCUGCUGUUCUGGGUGCCGCACUACACGGUGCAGCACUCAGCAGACAGUUCAAGACAAAGGACAUCAAGGUCACGGACAUCGGCGCAUAUGACGUCCAGGUAUCGUAUCCUGCGGAGCCAAAAAAACCCUCUGCGAAGCCCCGCACGAUCUCCACUUUGGUCUUCCCAUCGGGUUCCAAAACCGGUAGCAAGAAAACCAUGACAUUAAAGCGAUCAGAUGACUUUUCACUAAAGGUAGCAUAUAGGCAACCGCCCACAGCUUCGUUCUCCACUGAUAUUCUUCACGCGGAUAUCACUGGGGUGGCUGAGGCCAUUCAGAAUCUCACUGAACUCGGUGCUACUAAUCCAGUCGUUAAGGCAACCAUUGCGCUAUCUGAAUCUGGUUUUGUCUCGGUUCGCGAUGUCGCUGUCCAUGGUGAAAUCAAGGACGGCUCCUUGACAGGCAAACUGAAAGGGUUAUUUGGAGGAGGCUUGACGCCAUCUGAAGAAGAGAUGACGGACGAUGUCGAAGCGGAGACCCAACAAGAGCAAGUUGUCAUGUCGGCCUCCGCCCCAUCAGCAUCCCCUGCCGCCGCCGAAAAGACAAUCAAAGAGGAUACGGUCUCGUUGGGAGUGGAGGUUAGGUGGACCUCGAUACCUCCGAUGUCAGCCCAAGAGAAACGUCAGGCGCGUGCCAGAUUACAGGCAGUGAAUAAUGAAGAAGCGGCGAAGCGGCGUGUGGAGGAAGCAUUGAAUGCACUGGAGGGAUACAUGUAUCGCCUGCGUGACCUCCUAGACGAUGAGAGUGCCAAUGCACCAUUCGUCAAAUGCUCGCAGGAAAAGGAGAGAAAGAGGAUUGCCGAGCAGCUCAAGGACACAUUCUCUUGGCUCUCUGAGCACGGUGAAAGUGCCGAUAUAGGAGAGCUCCUUGAUAAACGGACUGUCCUCGAGAAACUUGAACAGCCGAUCGUUCAUCGGUACACGGAGAUUGAAGAGUUCCCCAAGGCACUGAACAACAGCCAGAUGUGGAACUGGCACACUCGGCUCUUCCUGGCGGACGCACGCCAGAACCUGACCCUCGCGACGCAAGGCGGGCCGCCGUCCAAAUAUGCAGCAGAGGAACUCGAGGCGUUAGAGCGGACGCUCAAAGAUCAUGAGGCGUGGUUAGACGAGUGGGUCGAGAAGCAGAGGAAGGUCCGUAUGAAUGAAGAUCCGGUGAUUCUCUCCAGCGAGAUGCGCGCGCGUGCCAAGACGCUAGAGAAUCAUCUCCAGCGGCUCUACAGAAAGAAGGCGCCGAAGCUCACGACCAAGAAGUCAGCGAGCGCAGAGGACACGGGGUUCGCGCGAGAAGAGUCGACGACGACGAGCAGACCAUCGAGUGACGCACCACCAACGUCGUCAACAAGAGGCGGCUCGCACGACCAUGACGAGCUAUAG